AGCAGUCGAGAGAGGGGGCGGAGGACACACAGAGGGACAGAGAAAAAGGGGGAGAGAAAGAAAGAAAAGAGCCCGUGCGUGUUUUCGCAGGCGGAGUUUCGUUCUUGCGCACCGUUGGAAUUCACUGUAUCUGUAUUUUUUUCCUCGGGAUUGGUGGAGGAGACAGACGGAGCGAGAAAGCGCCGCCAGCGAGCAGAUGUUAUAGCUGGACUAUCCUUGUUUCCAGCCUGACAAUCGAGCGUAUCAUCUACUAAAAUGUGGCAGCCUGCGUCGGAGCGAUUGCAGCAUUUACAGACAAUGCUUAAGACCAAACUCAACGUGCUGACGCUCCGGAAGGACCCGCUGCCUACGGUGAUCUUUCAUGAACCUGAAGCCAUCGAGCUGUGUUCCACCACACCUCAUAACAAGAACCGCGCACACACAGGAUAUAAGCUGCGUCAGGGGACACAUGCGCCUCUCAUUCUGGAAUCGGGCAGGAACAUUAACAUCCCGCUCUGGAAUGCCGAGCUGAUUAAUGAAUUGCACAAUAUUUGCACUCUUACUUUGAGAGCUGUGCAUCAGAGAUCUGGAAAAGCAGCUAUAUUGUUGGAAGGCUCUCAGUCGCCUGUGGAGGUGACCUACCUUGGCAACGUGACGAUUUCCGGCACUCAUUUCCUGUCUGGCUGCACGGAGUCGGCUGUGGUGGGAUUAUGCGACACAAAGCGGACAUCUGUCGCCCACGACGACUCCAUCACCUCUAGCAAUGCCAUACUGGAAAUCCGUCCCUUCCAGGUACGACUGCAUCACCUGGACGGGCGGGGCGAGGCCACGGUCGCCAUGGACACCUUCCAGGUGGCUCGCAUCGCAUAUUGCACGGCGGAUCACGACAUCAGCCCGAACGUGUUCGCUUGGAUCUACCGGCAAAUCAACGACGAUCUGACGUUCCAGAUGGACUGCCACGCCGUGGAGUGUGAGAGCAAACUAGAGGCUAAAAAACUGGCCCACUCCAUGAUGGAAGCCUUUAAGAAAACCUUCCACAGCAUGCGCAGCGACGGACGCAUCCACAAGAGCGGCUCGUCCGACGAGUUUCCCGAAGAGUUGAGUACACCCGACGACGGCUGAGAGAAGGCCGGAGGGGGUCGAGCUUUUCUUAAACGGGGGGGUCGGGAACGGGAGGCGAGGGAGCGCAAGUGUGAAUGCGCUCUUUAUGUCUUUGUGCCAUAAUAGAAUAUUCAGAAAAAUAACAAAACAAAACCACAACAAAAAGAAAAUGGAAAUGGUGACAGAAAUUCAAACCACAAACCAAGAAACUAGCCUGCCUUUUUUAUCUUUGCUGCCAGACAGACAUGCCCAUUUUACUCAAGCAUCUGAGCGUCAACAUCAUUAUGAAGUUUUGAACUUUAUGAAGGUCACACUCCCACUCGAAAGCUGCUGGUUUUGAUAUGGCGCGAGAAGCGGCAAGAACUGUUAUUCUCCUUUCGUUUAGCCAAUCAAAACCUUGGGCCUAUUCACCUUUUGUUUGGGGACUUGGGAAAUCCUGAUGUGUGUGCGGAAAUCUUUUAUGUCAUUUUUUUUUUUAGAUAAUGCAGAGAUGUGUUUCCUCUGCUAAGUUGAGAGAAAAAUGAUAUAAUUUUGAUAUUUAUGGCAGGCAGCCAGCCUAGGGCAUUCUUUUACCUUUUUCGGGCCAUAGUAAUUAUAGGGACCAUGCAUUGAUUUAUUUUGUUGUUGUUUUUUUGGGUUUUUUUAAGAUACCAAAAGUCAUUGUGUGUGUGAUCUAGGGUUUGUCUGUCUGCAGCUCAUGAGCCUUUGAAUAAAUAUGGAACGGGUUCUCUACUACAAAAAGCUUCUAAAAGCUAAGUGUGCUUGUCUGUCCAGUGUAGUUUAGUCUGUUUAUGUGUUCUCAAACAGAAAUUACUAGUGCGUGUGUUAAAUGAGAUGUUGAAAGCGAGACCUUCCAGAUGCAUCGGUAUAGUCACUCAUGCAGGGCUAUAGGUGUGGUCGCAUUUAAGGCCAGUUCACACCAAGAACAGUAACUAUAAUGAUAAUAUGGAUGUGACGGUGAGGAAAUUUUCCCACUGGUUAAUCGACUAAUACCGGUAUCACCGGGGGAGGGGAGGAAGGGUUCCCUCUUUUGCACCUCGCUUUUAAAUCACUAAUUCGAAAUAGAGAGGAUUACGGUCAUUCAAAAUGGCGCGGAGCAGAGCGAGCGUUCACAUUAUGAACGCCCGUGCAAAUUAGCGCCAAUUCGGGGCGGCAAUUGCUUGAAUGCUGGGUUUUUAUUCUUAAUGAAAAACACAACUAAUCCUUUGCAGGUUCCCUAUUAGCACUGGGUUUAAAUCCAAAAUAUUGCUAAAUAGGUGUUUUUACAUUUCGCUUCGAAACCAAAUUUUCCGCCAUUGUCUUGUCAGUCAGCUCCUCACGCUCAUGAUAAAUGAAAUCUGACUCCUCCUACCGGUCUGUGCUGCAUUGAGCAGAUGCGUUCAGCUUUUAAUUAUAGUGUCUGUUUUCUAAACUAAACUAAGUGAUUUUUAUUACUAUAAAAAAUCGAAAUGACGGUGCGGUGGGCAAGUGAUUUAACCGGUGUUGCGGUUAGCAAGCUAUACAAAGACACGAUAUCAUUCUGUUUAUUCUAAGCGUGCGCUGCAGUUUUGUCAUUUGCCGCUUUAAAUGCUCAAACUCUUUAAAACAGGAUGGAUUCUGAUUGGCUGUUGAUGUUUUUAUCUUUCAUUAGCUGGAAAAAGUCAUUCUGAAAGUGAUUUCAACGAUUAUGUUUCUCUGUGCCAUUAUCGUUAUAGUUGUGUUGUUGACUCUGCUAUUCUUAAAACUAUAUCUUUAACAAUAUAGUCAUCGUUCUUGAUGUGAACGUGCCUUUACUGUUGCUCAGCGAAUUUUGCGAGCAAAAUCCAACAGGAAUUUGGAGGAGGGUGAAAAAAAUUCCCCAUGGAGAUUUUGCUCAUGUUCGAGUUGGUCACGUGAAUUUGCCACUAACCAACAGAAAGCUGCUUGUUUUGAAAAUGAAGUCUCUGUGAGCGGUGCUUCAUACAUCUCAAUGGACCCUUUUUCAUGCAAAAUCUCGCUAAGGUGACCGCACCUUAUUUAUACAUCACGUUGUUUCGAUCAUAAACAGAAACUCUUGUUACCGGUCCUUUGUUUUGCAUAUAUUUCUGAUGAGUUUAGAGAGAGUUGUGUGAAUGUUUGCACAAGGAGAGGGAGGACCCCAAAAGCAUAGCAGUCCAUAGAGUGCCUGUCUCUUACCCCCAUGCUGAAUGUAUGAUGUCUUUUGUGCUGCAAGCGCUAUAUAUGUACUGGUACUGAAAGCCUUGUUUGAUUUUAUUAUUUUAGAUUUUUUUAAAUAUACAUUUGUAUUUGCAGGUAAUUUGAAAGCUGUAUAAUGGUUUAGAGCAGGGGUGUCAAACUCAGGGGGGCCACAGCUCUGCAGAGUUUAGCUCCAACCCUAAUUAAACAACCUGAUCCAGCUAAUCAAGUACUUCAGGCUUAUUUGAAAACUACAGGUAUGUGUGCUGGAGCAGGUUGGAACUAAGUUCUAUAGGACUGUGGCCCUCCAGGAACUGAGUUUGACUCCUCCUGGUUUAGAGAGUCAAUUUUUGUACAAGACGUCAAGACACGUGUUAUUUUGGCUCAAAAUGUAAGGCAUGCGUGCUCAUACACACGGCUCCACUCACCUGUGAAAACCCAGUUAUGGGGACGAUGGAUUGUGGAGCAAUGAGAAGAUGAAUGAACAGACUAUUUUGAAUUCCGAUUUUGAGUCGGAUUCUAAUUCGGAUUGGGAUUGCAUCUGGAUUUGGGAAGAUGAAGAGAACCCUGGGAAGUAAGCAUUUAUAAAUAUAAAGAAAUAUAUAUUAAAAAAAAGAUAUAUGCAUUGUAUUUGAAACUCAUUCGAUAAGCUUAUGUAAAUACAAAUGUAUCCAUUUUUUUCCUUUUAAAUACUGCAUUAAAUGUUUGAUAUUUUUGAGUAAAGCACCAUUAAUGGAAUCAGUAUUACGGCCAACUGUGAAUUUGGAUCGGGAGCGGAGGGCAGCCUAUAGCGUGAGUGAUGAAAUGUCAGGAGAGUGAGGAUGAGUGUCUCGUUGUUGUUGUUGUUAUUAAUUUGUAAAAUUGUAGAUGAACAUUCUCACUACAUGUCUUAAUGGCUCAGACUCGCUUUAAUGUUUUGAAAUGUUACCAUAUGUGUUUUUUUAUGCUGUAUUUGCAAAGAUAAAAAAAGAUACAGUAUAUAUAAACUAUUUACCAAGCUAA